AAAAAGAUCUGAAACAAAAAUGGUGAAUCAAAUAAACCUACAAGAAGAAGAAGAAGAAGAAAAGGAGAACUAUCCACUUAUGAUUACAACCAAAGUAGUUGAAUACUUGCAACCAGUAAUGUGUCGAGAGCUUCUCUGCAAAUUUCCAGAUAACUCUGCUUUUGGAUUCGACUACUCACAGAGCUCUCUCUGGUCUCCUCUCUUGCCUCGAAAUUACGCUAGUCCUUCCGAUCUUGACUCCGGCUCCUCCGACGGUUGCGUUUGUCGGAACCUUAAUCUCGGAGAUUUUCAUGUAGGCAAGAAGAAGAUGAAGAUGUCAAUGAACACGAAGAUGAAGAAAAAGAGCAAGUUGGUGAAAUUAGAUAUUUCUUCAAUCAAGAAUGAAGAUUCUCCUAAACUUGGCUGCUUUCCUAUUCCUACCAAGGGAUGGAAUGGUGUGUUAAAGGCAGCUUCAAAACAUUUCAAGAAAUCAAGAAAGAAGAGAGAUUCAGUCGCUGAUGCCAAGCUUCUCAACUUCAAAUGAUAAGAUUAUAUAAGCCACUUCCGUUCAAUUGCUUUUAUUGUAUUAAACAUUACUAGGCUUUUGAUGGGUUAAAUUUAGAAUAAAAAUGUUUCUACUUAUUGUCUCCAUGUAAUCAUUUGGAGUGUUUGAUCAUAGAUUAUAAUUAUAAGUGACUGCUUUUAU